AUGGUGCUCGAAGACUGCAUUUAUCGACGAAAAGCCGCCCAAAAGAUAAACGACGACAAAAAGUUGUUAAAUAAAUAUCUAUUGAGUGUUGUGUUAAGCCAUUCAAUGGACAACUUUCAGAUGAGAGGCAAUGCAAUCAAAAUACUAUUAUUUGAUUUGAACGACAAAUCCGUGGAGUUUACCAUUCAGUUGAAUAACCCGGAGAUUAGAACCGAUGUCUGCGGCAAACAAUACAUCCGUUUAUUCCUUACUCUCACGUCUGACAAGAAUUGGCCCUUAAUNGAUAUCUGCGGCAAACAAUACAUCCGUUUAUUCCUUACUCUCACGUCUGACAAGAAUUGGCCCUUAAUUUUCACCAAAUUGUCUGCCGUUCACAACAGCACUGGGGUUAUAUUCAUGGAUGGCAUUGAAAUAGAGGACGAGUGGACGGGAAGGCGACUGUAUUUCCCGAUCCGAGAGUACAUGAAAGGAAGAGAUGAACUGAAAGACGCCAAAGAGAUAUCAGUGAAACGCCAACAGUUGAGACUCUUCUCGAAGCAAACUCUGUGUCCAAACUUCGAGAACCCAUUAAUACAAGAGACGGGAGAAGAAGUGACUGAUUCUGGAAAGCGUGUGAAUGCGGUCGCCAUUAAAUCGAGACUUGAUUUGUUUGAAGUGUCGCUGUUUUACGCACUUCUAUUUAAUUUGACAUUUUUUGCCAACUAUUUGAUGGUAUUCUUAGGCGUGAAUUCAAAGCCCGAUUCAAUUCUACAAUAUAUCACAUAUUUUGGAGGUCUGGCUGCGACUGGUUUGUUGUCUUUCGUCAUAACGGAUACCAUUGCUUACGUUUACGUCCGUUAUAUCAAAACAUAUCGCAAACCGAAAACCAAACCACCGGUUAAUACGGACUGUUUCUGGGCUUUCGUGCGAUUAAUCGGAGAAAAAGUUGGUCACGCGUUGGAGGAGGGCUUGAAAGUGAUCGCUUGUAUUGGCGAACAUUUAAAUGUUGUCAACAAUCGCUGA